AAAACAAGUCUGGAUGUAUAAGCAGACCAAUAUCAAGAAAUCUGUGAAGAAGAGUGGGUCUUUAGAAUCUGCCUCUGACAGGUCUGUGUCUCCAAACGACAUUAUGGGGGCAAAUGAGAACAAAUCUUCCACAGUGAAGAAUCGACAACAGAUAAUCCCUAAAAAGACCAAAUCUGAUAAUGUAAAGACUGGAAUAACGAAACCAAAACCAACAACCAAGUCUUCCACCAAAUCAGCAAUAAAAACAUCUCCUGUAAAGCAAACAAAAGCGAGCAGCAAUGCCAACUCAAAGCUUCCUAGAGUCAAAACUGGGAGUGCUACUCCGCCUACUCGUGCCAACACAAAGAAUUUGAACAGUGCAAAAAGCCCUCCUAAUCUCAAAGCAGCAAAAAGUCCUCGGUCCUCAAACGAUCCCAAAGCAGUGAAUCCCAAUUGGAAGGUGCCCUGUGUGAGCCCCCCUCUGGGAAAGGCAUCUCCUGUCAAACCACUACCAGGUCGGGGAGGACCUAAGAAACUAAAGAAGGUGUUUAAUCCCCCUACCCUCUUCUCGAUGUGUAAAGCCGCUGUGUCCUCUAUUGUCAUUUCCCCUCAGGUGGACGAAGAAGCGAAGGAGUUUCUAAAACGGCGACUUUUCAGUCAGGCACUCUUCGGAACCGUGUGGGAAGUGUUAACGAAAGAAACGAAAUCUAACCGUGUCACUAAGGGUGAGUACCACUUUUCUAACUUUCAAUUGGAAACUGAAAUCUAAGUUAAGCUAUUCUAUUCUUUAGAGAGAGAGA